AGUUUUCAUGUCACUGUCCCCAUCUGGUAGCUGAUAAAUGAGCUGACGCAUUGAGCCUGAAAUUCAGAUUCCUGUGUCUGACUUGGAACAUGUAAGGAUCAUGGCUGAAACUGCAGUUUGCCUUGGAACAUUCACUGCUGUGAAGACACUUUGGGAAGUGAGAAUACACAAGAUAAAUGAAGAAUUGCAGAAAGAAAAGGAGUUCAGGCAGAGGUCUGCAGGAAGGCUACUGCUUGUCUGGGAGGAGAGAGCUGCUUUAGCAAAGCUCAAAGAAAAAGUUAUUAAUGAAGGUGGAAGAGCAAUUUUAAGGAUAGAGGAAGAAGAAUGGAAGACACUACCUUCAUGCUUACUGAAACUAGGCCAUCUCCAGGAAUGGCAGCUCCACAGAACUAGUUUGCUGAAAAUCCCUCAGUUCAUUGGAAGAUUUCACAAUCUUCUUGUUCUGGAUCUAUCCCGGAACUCAAUUGAAAGUUUACCUAAAGAAAUUGGCCAGCUGACCAGCCUCCAAGAGCUGCUGCUCAGUUACAAUAGAAUAAAGUCUGUCCCUAAGGAAAUAUGUAACUGCAUCAGUCUGGAAAGACUGGAACUGGCUGUCAACAGGAGUAUCUGUGAUCUUCCUUCCCAGCUCAGUGAUUUAAAGAAGCUUUCACACAUAGAUUUGUGCAUGAAUCAGUUUACCACCAUCCCUUCAGCUCUUCUCAACAUGCCAAAUCUAGAGUGGUUAGAUAUGGGGGGAAAUAAACUCCAGGAGCUUCCUGAUGCAAUUGACAGAAUGGAAAAACUCCACACUUUAUGGCUUCAAAGGAAUGAGAUAAACUCUUUGCCAGAAACCAUUGGUAAUAUGAAAAAUCUUAGUACUCUUGUUCUUAGCAACAACAAGCUCAAGGAUAUUCCAACUUGUAUGAAGGACAUGACAAAUCUGAGAUUUGUCAACUUCAGAGACAACCCACUGGAGCUAGAGGUAACACUCCCUCCCUGUGAGAAUACUGAAGAGGAGGAGCAACAGGAAAUGUUUGGCAUUGAGUUCAUGCACAUGUAUAUCCAAGAGUCACUCAAGAAAACAGAAAAUCAGGAAAGUUGUACUUCUGAUCCUUCUUCUCCUAAUGCAAAUCCUAAUGAAUAA